AUGGCUUCAGUUUAUACACAAGUGAGUUAUUAUGCUCAACCAUUAAUCAUCAUUUUUGGAACAAUCGGUGCUCUAUUGAAUCAAGCCUUAUUUUAUUAUCGAAAACCAUUGAGAACAGCAUCAUGUACAUACUAUUUUCGAGCACUUUCAACAAAUGAUCUUUGUGUUAUUUGGUUUGUCAUAUUUAUUCAAUGGUUAGAUAGUGCAUUCAAUAUCAGCCCAACUGAAGACUAUGACUGGUUUUGUAAAUUAUUUACAUAUUUAAAUUAUACAUUUUAUACAAUAUCACCAUAUUAUAUUGUUUUGGCUUGUUUAGAUCGUUUAUGUACAAGUUCAACGAAUGUUCAUUUGAGAAGAAUUGCAACUGUCCGUGUUGCACCUUUUCUUAUUACCGGUACAGCUAUUAUUAUAUUUCUCGCUUAUGUUCAUGUUCUAUUUAAUGCUAAACUUGUAGUUAUUUUCUCUACUUCAUAUUGUACUUUUAGCAGUUUUAGUUAUAGCAGAAUGUUAUCCCUUUUUUUAUUAUUUUUUUAUUGUGUAACGCCUCCUAUACUAAUGAUUAUUCUUUGUUUUACUACAUUUAUACUUCUUCGUCAACAAAGACAUCGUAUUAUGCCUGUUAAUCAAACACGUCUACGUCAUCGUGAUUAUCAAUUAAUAAAAAUGCUUUUUCUUUAUGUUACAUCAAACAUGAUUUGUGUUGUUCCAUUUAGUACUACAUAUUUUAUACAAUAUUAUUAUUAUCUAAAUAAUCCAUCAUCAGCAAUAGCUACUGUAUUUCAAUUCUUCAGGUUACUAGUUAAUGUCAGCUAUGGAACAAGUUUUUAUGUGUACACAUUAGGUACUCCUUUUUAUCGUGAUGAAUUGUUCAAAUUAUUCAAGCGUAUUCGACACCGACUUCAUCGUCAUGAAGAUUCAACUGUUGAUAUACAUCGGCAUCAAGUCGCACGUGAAGCUGGUGAUUAG